AUGGUGAACCGGUCAUGGGGAUGUUGGCUGGUGGCUCCUGGUGUGAAGGGAGGCAGACUCACCGGGACCUCGUUUUCUGAGGGUUUGGGCUGUGCUGGCCGCAGAGAUCAGAGGACUGUGGACAUCACGCUUGAAGGUCACAUGCAGUUUUGGGCUGUUGCCGAUGCUGAAAAUGCUUCAGGAGGCUGGGGGAAGGCGGGCUCUCUCAGAGGCACUAUGAGGCUUAUUUCUGGUCACGGCCAGGAUGGGAGUUCAUGUCACUAUGAGCAAGACCGGAGUGCACUUAAGCGUAAAGAAUGGGAGAGAAGAAACCAGGAAGUCCAGCAAGAUGAAGAUCUCUUUGCUUCAGGUUUUAACCUCUUUGGGGAACCCUACAAGACAAAUAAAGGCGAUGCCCUUGCAAACCGUGUCCAGAACACAUUGGGAAAUUAUGAUGAGAUGAAGGACCUGUUAACCAAUCAUUCCAACCAGAGCCACCUUGUAGGAAUCCCAAAGAAUUCUGUCCCUCAGACGCCCAUUGACAAAAAUGAACAGAACUUUUUCCCAGAACCAAGAAACAGGAUGAUCCCGUCUCAUCAGAUCAGUGGCCACUCAUCGACAUCAAUGCCUCCACCUUCGUCAUUGUCAUCUAAUUCUACUUUGCUACACAGUCACCAGAGCAGCAGGAAGUCGAGGACAGACUGGUCACGUGGUGGUCACAACUCUAGUGGGGCCCAGCCAAGCCAAUCCAGUAGCCAGCAGAGUCGGACAAAGCAUAGCUCUUCUCAUGACCAGCCACAGGGCAGGUAUGAAGACCUCUAUAAUUGUCAGAGUGAGCAGCAUAAAAGUGGAGGAACUGAGGAAGCAAAUUCUAUGGCAGCAUCUUCACAUUCAAGGAGACAUACUCAUUCAAAGUCAGCACCUGGAGAACACACUUACAAAGAAAACAGUCAUUCAAAGUCACCCACAGAGCUUGAGUUUGUAAGUCAUGGUCCUGGAUCUCCACUUCCUUCCACUUCUUUGUUAUCUGCAAACAAUGGUCUUUCGACCCAGAAUUUCCCACCAGGACUUCACUGUAAAAACAGCAUGGUCCAGCAAAAGCCUACAGCGUAUGUCAGGCCUAUGGAUGGUCAGGACCAGGUUCCCAAUGACUCGCCUGAACUGAAACCUCCCAUAGAAAUUGAGAGUGGAUAUGGAAAUCAGUCCUUUGGAACACUGCUGGAAGGAAAAGUGAACACACCUAGCUCGAAGAACAAAGUACCAAAGCUCAACAUUCCUCCUGUUAGUGAA